GGGCAAGUUUUUUGUUAUUGUUGAUCUUAUUUCUGUGGGAAAUUGUAGAGAAAAUAUACAACAAAUUACUGUUUUUCUAUUUAAAAUGGAUGAUGAAAACAAUGACGGACCAUUUACAGUAUGGCAAAUGUUCAAUGCGCCGACUAUGGUGCUUUUCAAUAACUUAGAACAUGCUGAAGACGGUCUUGAUAGAUUAUUGACUUCAAUACUGAAAUUAUCAGGGGACUUCUCCGAAGUGUUGGUCCCAAGGCUAGGAUCGUCUAAAUAUCCGGACGAGUACUUCAGAUCGUUCAACACAUGGCUUCUAGGUAGACUGUUCUAUGUUUGGUCUGUAAAGGAAUUGAAAAGGAUACACAUCUCCAGUAAAGAUGCACAGUUAAAAAUCUUGAGUAUAUUAUACAUGAAUGGUGCAUCAUUUUAUGAGCAAAUCCAUUCAGAAUACUAUGCCCUUUUAGUAAAGCUCAUUGAAUAUUACAAAGAAAAUUCAACUAAUCAGUCAACUGAAUUGAAACUUGAGAAUUUUUGUUCAGAACAAGUAGACAUUCCUAAUGUGCAAUUGAACUUGGAGCCGAUCUUUGUACAUGUAACAGAUAUUGAAACAUGUAAAACAUUGAUUGAAUUAAUACUGCAGUUGCUAUCAGAAACCAUACCUCUGAAUUCCCUACACAUGGAUAGAACUCAGUGUACAUAUGAAAUGUUGUUUAUGAGAGUUCUGCAUAUGCUUGAGAGUUAUAGUACAGAUUUGAAGCUGGUUUCUUUGAAAUUCUUCUCGGAUUUGAUUAAAAACAAUGAUGCAGUUGCUAUUUAUGAUUUCUGUACAAGGUUUCCAAAUGUCUUUAAAGAACUGCUGUGCUGUAUAGAGGCUCUGAUAAAGUAUGUUCAUGUAUACCAUGAUAAAGGUGAAGUUAACAAUUUGUAUUUGCAGAAUUUAAGUGAAAUUUUGUUGAAUUUAUUGAAAGGAUGUAAAGAAUGCCUACAAACAGAACAUAAAGAUGUUCUUUUAACAAUUUCAACUGUUAUUUUGGGUACUAUGAGUAAUAAAUUCUUUAAUAAAGAGCUUAAAUUGUAUUGUUUGUCACUAAGUGAGUAUGUAGAGUUUCCUAAGGAUGUAAUUGACAUACAAAAGAUGGAUGCCAGCGAGAUAGAAAUGUUAACACAGUGCUAUUGCCAAAAUAUACUAUCCCACUUCAAAAGUAGUGAAAGAUGCAGUAGGGCACUUAAUUUACCUGAAGAUUGGCAUUAUAAGCAAACAUAUUCUGCGAUAAUGUCAUUAAAGUCCCUUGAAGAUGGUGGAGGAGACAAUUUUCUUGUAUCUUAUAAUUUAAAUAAGUGCUGUUCUGCAUUGGCUAUCUUCCAAAAAGUUCACGUAAUGGCAAGGGAACAAUUGAAAACGAAACCGAAUUUGAUGAAGAAAGAAGAUGCUCACAGUAUAUGGGAUUGCCUGUUGAAGUUAGUUAGCAUGCAUAAAUAUGUUUUGUUACAAGAAGACAAUUAUAAAAAGCUUCUUGAUAUAAUAUUGGGUACAGUAAUGCUGUCUGAGAAUAUUAACAAGGAAGACACAGGGAAAUUGUUGCAAAUCAUCUGCUUACAAACCACCCGAGACUUUGCAGAAAGCAGUGCAGAAUUCACUGAAAAUGAAAAAGCAUUGUUGUUGAAGUAUCUUAUUGUUAUUAAAAUAAAUGUACAAAAUAUGGUGACUGAGAAUUGGAAAAGGCAAAUUGCCAUACUUAUUCAGUUUCUCACAAGGAACAAGUCUAUAAGUACAUAUAAAGAGAUCAUUCAACUGACUCCCUUAUUGCUCAUGAGCAAUCUGUAUUCUCCAAGUAAGAUAAUAGGAGACAUUCUGAUGCCAGCAUUCCUUACCAAAGACCAGAAUAUACAGAUGGAAAUUUCUAGAAUCCUGCUUGCCAUUGCUUGCAUGUCCUUUGGACCUUACGGCGCCGUCAUGAACGUAUCUCAAGAAAAAUUAGGGCAUUCUAUUUUUACAAAUGAUGCUAUUGCUGUAUCUGUAGUGUGUCCUAGGUGUCAUAAUCAACAAAAGAAAGAGCAAGCGUUGCUUACGUUUUAUACAGAGUCAAACUCGGCCACGCUUUCCAACUUAUCAACCAUCAAUGGCCUUAAGAACUUGUUCUCAAAGUUUCUGAACAUAAAGCAGUACACAGACGUGGACAACAGUGAAUAUUGGAAUCUACUCACGUGUUUGUGUCAGCAUUAUUUUGUAUUUAACAAUGGAGCGUCGAUGGACAUUGUUACGGAACAGAAUUGCCAAUAUAUUUUGAAAGCUCUAAAACCAUUUAUUGAUAAUAAAUCGAUGGAACAAGAUGGUGAUUGGAACACACACAAAGAAACAGCUUUCAAUCUUUGUGUCAACAUAUUGGUCAAGUCAACGAGAUUGAGUUUAGAAAGUAAUGACUACAAUCUUCAGAGUCAAACAUUGAACAAUAUCCUAUACUUUGGUUUGAGCAAGAAUGAAAAAGUCAUCCUGCCAGUCACCAAACUCUUAGUGUACUUUAUAAUGCACCCACAGUGUUCACUCGGACCUAAAGCUGUAGUGUACCUAAGAGAUAUAUGCGAAAGUCAGGGAUACACUCCAAAUCAAGUGUAUCACAGAUAUAAAAAGGAUUAUUGUAAACUGUUUGUCGAAUGCAGCCUUUACAACGGGAAGGAUUUCGCUAUAGCGCUUUUGAAGGUCGUGAGGUCAUUUGGUUUUGUCGGUUAUAGGGAUUUCAUAUCCAAAGACGUGCAUCACUUUUUACCCUAUUUAAUACCGUACUCCGUGACGAUAAAAGAAGUACCGUCUAUGAUUGAGGAGAUAGCGUCUUUAGUGCAAUGUUCAGUUUCGGAUUUCUUGACCGAAAGAUUCCCACAUAUUUACGUCCAUGUUUACUUGAAUGAAGUAAAAGAUGUGUCCAAAAAGUGCUACGAUACUAUCGAAAGAUUGACCAGAAUGUCCAUAUUGAAUUUAAUAAAGAAGCAUUUCAGAGUAAUACUGACAGAGUUCCUUUUGCAAUAUUGCUGCAAUCCACAAAAAGUGUUAAAUGCUUGUAGAUAUUUAGCAUGCCACGACCCAGACGUAUCUACCCCAACUGGUAGCAUGAGUAUGAGCACUUCUCAAAUAGCGGACUUUUUAAACCCGAAAUUCCUAGGCGUACUUGCAUAUUUUGAUCACAAAUUGGUGAACGCAAAAGUUGCGUUGUCUGUCAAACGAAAAGCGUUGAAGAGUUUCCCUGACAUCAUGCAACUCAUGGGUGUAAAGUACCUGACUCCACUGAGGUUCAAAGUUUUGGCGACUUUGAGGUCUGCGUUGCCGUUAGCCAAAGAAUUUCCGAAAAUAGUUGCAGAAGCUUGGGGUGCAUUCAUACACAAUAUUGACAGCAUCUCACUAGGCCCUUUGCUGUCUAAUCUAGCAGUAUCUUUGCUUCAGCAAUUUGAACAUUCACCGCAAGAAAUUAACAAGAUUUUCCAUUACCUCGUACUUAACAAUGAGAAUUUGCUCAGUUCUCAUAUAUCGGAUUUAUUUUUCUUGGGAGACUCGAAGAUUUCUGAAAAAAUCAAAAUGGUUAUAAAGAGACACGUGAAAAGGACACAACCGGAAGGUUUUCUGGACAAGAUAAAAUGGUACCUGCAGCAUUUGAACCAAGAGAUUCCAGCUAUCAAAGCCUAUGCAUUCUCUCACUUAGACAAAUUAUUGAAAAGCAAUAGGACUGAGAUACAUAAAGCUAUAUUUGCUGGAAAGACUAUAGAUCCGGUUAUAGUGGAACUUAUAGAUUCUUUAUUACUCGGUUGCAAAGACUCUGACACUCAAGUGAGCGCAGCAAGUGGCGCCUGCUUAGGUCAACUCGGGGCCAUCGAAGCAGGCCACCUCCCUCGACAAUACGUGCAGCCAGACCGAUCUCCCUUUGCAUUCUCUAUUGGAGAUAACUGCUUUGCUGCCACAGCGCUGGUUGAACUUACAAGAGCGUUUCAGUAUGAAAAGGAUACUAUGAAUAUGGACUGCUACGCUUUGACGAUACAGGAGAUAUUAAAAAUUUACGACAUAUCUCCGAGUGGAAGCAAGAAGGAUGUGUGGGAGAGUUUUCCAGAGCACAUGCACCAAAUCAUGCAUCCUUUGUUAAGUUCCAGAUAUACAUUGGCGUAUCCUUCGCAACCAAAGAAAGCACAUCCUUUAUUUGGUUCAGCGUAUGCAACUACGUUUUUGGAAUGGGCUCAUAAUUGGGCAGGCCAGUUGAUUCCUCUGAUAGAAUCGGAAAGCAUUCGCGAUCUCUUGCGCACGGUGCAUCCGAGCAUGCGCCGUGACGUCAGAACGCUGUUCCUCUUUCUACCCUACGUGUUGCUUCACGCCAUCAUGACGAAGAACAACCUGCAGUAUAUUCAGGAGGAGAUAUUGGCUGUUAUCGGGUUGGAAAACUUCGAUCAAGAGAAUGUAGUUGUUUCUGAGAAGAUGAAGUAUAAAAUGUUGCGUCACAUCCGAAUGACUCCCAGUAUCAACACAGUGCAAGCGGAGGAAGGCAACCAAAGUAAAUGCAGCAAAACAAUCUACACAUUGUUCGAUUUCCUUAACAGAUGGCUUCUAGAAUGGUGCAAUUCUAAGCAGCGGCCGUUGGAAAAUGAGAACUACAAAGCUAUAGCAUCGUUUAUGGACAAAUUCGAUAAGCUGGUGAUAGCUAAAGGCAACUUCGCUUGCGGCGAGUUGGAGCGUUCACUGCAGUACAUAGAGUUGUACAUGGACGAACAUAAGGACAGGAUGCAGGAGCAACUGCCGUUUUUGGCUGAGAUAUACGCGCUGUUGGACGAGCCCGACUCAGUUGCUGGAAUAUUAUCAAUCAAGAGAUCUGAACCAUCAUUGAAGGAGUUGAUCCUGGCCCAAGUGGUGACCGGUAGACUACAAGACGCCGCAUUGUGUUACGAGAGACUUGCGCAAGAAGGACAGCUUGACCGACAUAGUUUACAGGGCAUGAUAGAUUGCUACUUAGGUCUAGACCAGCCGUUCACAGCGUAUCGACUACUCAGUGAGCAUGAAACUGAUAACAGUAUGAUGGAAUUGUCCGCUGAACCACUAUGGAGGCUCGGCCGAUUUGAACAGCUCGACGAAUUGGUUCAAAAACCUACGCCGAUAUCUCGCGAAAAUUGGGGCUUGCUGAUGGGACGCAUAUUAUUGUCGUAUCGGCGUCAAGACCACGACUGUUUUGUGACAUCGUGCAAUGAAGCCGCGAGUAGGUUGCUGGCCCAAAUGGACGAGGAGACUAAGGGCGAGAGUGCACUGCGGAGUGGAUACCAAAGUGUGCUCGGGUUGCAUAUCAUUAGUGAGGCUGGACAUGCUGAGGAGGUUUUGAGCAGGCUAAAGAACCUCGACGACGGCGACAGGCAAGCCUCGGAUAUAUUAAACCAGCUGCUCAGCGAGUGGCGGCGUCGACUCUCUGUGGUCCAGUCAGAUGUUCGCACCAUAGAACCGCUUUUGAGACUACGCAGGAUAUUGCUGCAACAGACACAGGAAUUGUUGGAACCUACUCACACGGGCACAGCAAACAGUUUGAAAAAUUGUAUCGGAGAUCUGUGGUUACAGAGCGCUAAACACGCGAGAAAAGCUGGGAUAUUUCAACAGGCCUACAUGUAUAUCCUGAAUGCCGAAGAGUACCAACCAGAGGAGUUGUUCAUAGAGAAAGCUAAGAUGUACUGGGCGCGCGGCCAACACGAACACGCCUUCACCACGCUCAAACGCGGCUUAGAAGAGAACUAUCCGCAGAUAGACCAGCUCACGCAGGAACAAAGAAAAAUAUGUGCCAAAGCGAAGUUGUUGAUAGCUAAGUACAACGAUGAGACGACGAAUGUAGAUGUUGAUGUCAAUAUUGGUUACUACAAGGAAUCUGUGGAAGUGUUCAAACAGUGGGAGAAAAGUUUGGUCUGCCUAGGCGCGUACUACGAGAAAGUAAGCGUAGGAGAUAACAGCAACACGGCGUGGUCGCGCCGCCUCUACGCUCUGAACAGUUAUGGGAAAGCGCUGCACUGUGGACACAAGUAUUUGUACCAGAGCAUGCCGAGGAUGCUUUCUAUCUGGUUGGAUGUAGAAGUGACAUCAAAGGAUACGAGUGUCCAUUCGAUAUUGGCUCAAAUGACCGAAGUGAUAAAGACGUACUCGGAAAGACUUCCUCUCUAUCUUUACUUGACGGCAUUCUCGCAAAUUGUGUCCAGAAUCUGCCAUCCUGUUAAAGAGGUAUACCUUCAACUGAAGGCAAUAAUAGUGAAGCUAAUCCUGGCCUACCCACAACACACGCUAUGGAUGAUGAUGUGCGUGAUAAAAUCGAGCUACCCCCAGCGUAUCAAGCGGUGCGGCGACGUAUUCGCCGACCCUCGUCUCAAGGAACCACGGAUGUUACAGCUAGUCUGCGACUUCACGCAGCUCGCUGAGAAACUCAUUGAACUCUGCAACAAGCCCAUCGCUGGGACUGGCUCGACGACAACAGUAUCAGCUCUCGUCCGCACACUACCCCGUCUCCUAGCUAGCGACAACUUCAGUCACAUAAUGAUGCCAUUCCAAGAGUUCGUCAAGGUGGUACUACCGUCGAAAGCAGCUGGGUUGGAGCGGAUUGACUUCAAUAUGCCGGCCGACCCCACAGUCUAUAUAGCUGGGAUCGAAGAGCAGAUCCAUAUCUUGCCUUCACUGCAGAAGCCGAGGAAGGUUACUUUGAAAGGUUCCGACGGUAAAUCCUACAUCAUAAUGCUGAAGCCACGCGACGAUCUUCGCAAGGACUACCGCCUCAUGGAAUUCAAUGCAGUAGUGAACAGAUUCUUGCAGGACGCCCCAGAGACUCGCAGGCGACGACUGUACAUACGGACCUAUAGCGUCCUACCGCUGAAUGAGGAGUGCGGCCUGAUAGAAUGGGUGCCCAAUCUCGUGGGGCUAAGGCCGGUCUUGAUGCAUAUUUAUAAACAGAAAGGUAUACACACGAGCAACCGUGAGCUCAAAGAGAUGAUGUGUUCGAACAAGGAUCCAGUGGAGAAGAAAAGAAGGGUGUAUGAAGAACAGCUGUUGCCGCGACACCCGCCCGUCUUCCAGGAGUGGUUUCGCAGGGUGUUCUCGGACCCUUAUGGAUGGUACCAAGCUCGAUCAGCUUACAUAAGAACUACCGCAGUGAUGUCAAUGGUCGGAUAUAUCUUAGGCUUAGGCGACAGACACGGCGAGAACAUAUCGUUCGACUCGACAAACGGGGACACAGUCCACGUGGAUUUCAACUGUUUGUUCAACAAGGGUGAGGCGUUCGAGUGGCCAGAGCGGGUGCCGUUCCGACUGACGCACAACAUGGAGGCCGCCAUGGGGCCGCUGAAACACGAGGGAAUGUAUAGGAAGAGCUGUGAGGCAGUAAUGCGGGCACUGCGCGCGCAGACCGCGGCCCUGAUGUCGGUGAUAGGCCCGUUCGUUUAUGACCCUCUGGUGUCCUGGGGAAGGGCUCGCCCUAUCGACAUUGGUGAGAGGACCAACGAGCAAGCCUUGCAGCAUCUACAGCAUAUACGGCAGCGGCUUAAUGGCAUGGUGAAAACGAAGAAUAAGCAGCUGUCACUUUCACUGUCACCAGAAGGCCAGGUGGAGCACCUGAUAGUUGAAGCUACCAGCGUCCACAACCUCUGUCAGAUGUACAUCGGAUGGGGACCGUUCCUAUAAACCUGUUUGUGUGAAAGAGUUGGUGGCCAACUCGUCCCAAAACAUUGUGUCGACUCGUCUAAAAAAUACACAGAAGACAAUAGUAUCGAUAGUCCUAGCAAUAGUUGCGGUUACUACUUACUGAUGUAAGUAAGUAGUCGUUACAUGUGCUAUGUCAGGGGCCUUUGGCGGCUCAAUAACAACCCUGACACCAGGGUUGAUGAGGUUGGUAAUUCACCUCACAACCCACACGAUAGAAGAAGAUAUCAUAGCAAUACUAUCGUUACUAUAAAUAGUCCUAGUCGUAGUCAGAAGAGUGUGUUACGAUAAUAUUGAUCUAAAUGAGCUAUCAUAUUCAAAUUUCAUAUUUUAAAUAUUUAUUUCGGAAACUAAUUCAUAUUAUGUUAGUAACAGAAAGCUUAACUUAGUAUCAGUAACAGAUUCGAAAGACGACAACAUAAUAAUAAUCUACAUAAUGUGAUUACUGCUUCAGUCCAGGGUCCUCGGGACAGGCCAGAGUCGCCGAUACAAUAAAUAUUAAUGCAUAUAAAUAUUAUAGAUGAUUUUCAAUAUGGUUUUGCCAACUUUAGACCACGAUACAUAUCCCACUGGGACAAGUUUGUUUUGGCACGAGUUGAAUACCGACUUGUGUUAUUUUCUUUUGUUUAUCACAUUACUUUCUCGGGUCAUUGUGCCAAUGAUUCUGAACCUUUUUGCCCGAGAAACGAGAUGUCUAAUUAUAAUUUAUUUAAAUUUAUUUUUUAUACUAUUUUCAACAGAGUAUUUUGUGGAGGUGGUUGACCUUUAAUAAAAAAAAUAGAAUUAAAAAAAAAAUAGUAUUUCGAGAUUUGGUUUCGUUGUGCAGAAUAUACAGUGUAUCAUAAUGAAAUGUACACACAUAAGUACAAAACACGUUUAAAAAAAUGUAUGAAUGUACCUUAUUAUAGUGCCAAAUGUAAUUACACUAUACUGUCGCAACACAAAUCGAAGUGCCUUCAGUUAAAACGGUAAGGCUGUGCUUAGACGUCGCUUUAUAGGGAAACCACUUAAGCGCCUUUUUGAAAAAUCACGUUCUUAUGUGAUUUUCUUGAAAAAGAACAUCUAUUUCUUUGAAUUAAUUUCAAUCAGGGUAAAAUUUAGACCACACAGGACCAUGACCGUAACUGUAUGAGACCCGUCCCCCCUUCCAACAGCUAAUUUUUUGUAUUUCGAAUUAGUUCUAACUUAAAAUUCCAUAGGGUUAUAAUAAAAUUAAAAAAAUGACGUAAAUCGAAAUAGGCUGAAACAAUGUUUUACCAGACGGUACCCAAAAUCGUAGUCAAAAACCCGAAUUCCGGCUAAACCCCGCGUAUUUCGAGAAAGUCUCCAUAGAACAAAAAUAUCAACUCACUAAGACGCUUCAAAUCAGGUAUGUCCGGAAUCUGUUGAUAGAGGGGGGCGUUUUAACUCAUUGUCCUUUUACUUGGAUUGAAACUUGUCUAUGUCUAUAGCGUGGAUUUGUUAACAAAAAUGACAUUCGAAUGUGAUUUACUGAGGAUGUUCUAAAGUCGCUUACGUCCUUUUCACUAUAAGGCGACGAUGACGUAAUUUGUGAUAAUAUAGGUUAAGUGAAAAAUAAUAAAGUGACAUUCCUUAA